GUAAAGACUAUCCGUGAUGUGCUGGUACGUGCCGCCACUGAUGGAGUUUUCUACAACUUCAUCAACCCUCUUACAAAGUCUUGGUGCCAGCGACACGUUAGCCUUGCCGGCCUGGGAGACUCAUUUUACGAGUAUUUGCUCAAAGAAUGGCUGCGCACAGGGCAUCGUGACACGGAGGCUCGUCGCCUUUACGACUUGGCUUUAGAUGGUUUUCUCCGAAUGAAUAUGUUGAGACCCGUAGAGUCGGGUCAUCUCUUCAUCACCGAUUUUAUUAACGAUCGUAAUAGGGAUAAAAUGGAUCAUUUGGCUUGUUUUGCCGGUGGACUUUUUGCCCUCGGUGCUAACAGCACUCACGACGCAUGGUUUAAACGCGGCAUUGAAGUGACUAACACGUGUCGCAAAUCAUAUACAUUUUCUGCUUGUGGUCUUGGACCAGACGCAUUUUGGUACACUAAUGAUGUAAAGUUUGUUGGUAUAGGUGCCUCUGAUAAUCACUACUAUCUCCGUCCCGAGACGGUGGAGUCUUAUUUUUAUCUCUGGCGUCUGACCAAAGACCAGAAGUACAGAGACUGGGGAUACGACGUGAUUCAGGCCUUGGAGAAAUAUUCGUUCACAGGAUCGGGUUAUUCUGGCCUCCUCAAUGUAUACUCAUUUCCCCUGCAACUAGAUGAUGUGCAACAAAGCUUUUUUCUCGCCGAAACACUUAAAUAUCUCUACUUACUCUACUCCGAGGACACACUUUUGCCUUUGGAUAGGUGGGUUUUUAAUACCGAAGCUCAUCCAUUCCCUAUAUACGGAAAAGUGUUAUAUCCUUUUCCCAAGUAA